GCUGCGGCGGGAGGUGGCGGUGGGAGCGCUGCCCGCCCAGGGGCUGGCCCCGGCGGGGGGGACGCGGAGCUGCUGCAGCGCUCGGCAAGGAGCCGGAGCCCCGGCGCUGCGCGGCCUGAGCCUGCCGGGACGCGGCCGGUGCAACCGCGCCGAUGAGACGCCCAGAGCCGCCUGACCGAGCGCCCGGAGGAGCCGGCUACGCAGGCAUGGAUGGGAAGAAGUGCAGCGUGUGGAUGUUCUUACCUCUUGUGUUCACCCUGUUUACCUCAGCUGGAUUAUGGAUAGUGUACUUCAUAGCAGUGGAAGAUAAUAAGAUUGUCCCACUAAGUGUACCAGAUAGGAAACCUGGCUCCAAAAGACCACCUUAUAUAAGCAUUGCAGGUGAUGCCCCUCCGGCGAGCUGCGUCUUCAGCCAGGUCAUGAACAUGGCAGCCUUUCUAGCACUGGUGAUGGCUGUGCUGCGCUUCAUCCAGCUGAAGCCCAAGGUGCUGAGCCCGUGGCUGAACGUCAGCGGCCUGGUGGCCUUGUGCUUGGCCUCUUUUGGCAUGACCUUGCUGGGAAACUUCCAGCUCUCCAACGAUGAGGAGAUCCACAACGUGGGCACCUCGCUGACCUUUGGCUUUGGGACCCUGGCAUGCUGGAUCCAGUCUGCCCUCACCCUCAAGAUCAACCUGAAGAACGAGGGGCGGAAGGUGGGGAUCCCACGGGUGGCCCUCUCGGCCAGCAUCACCCUCUGCGUGGUGCUCUAUUUCAUCCUGAUGGCACAGGGCAUUCACAUGCACGCCUCCAGGAUCCAGUGGGGCCUGGUGAUGUGCUUCCUGUGCUACUUUGGCACCUUUGCAGUGGAGUUCAGGCACUACAGGUUUGAGAUAGUUUGCUCUGAGUACCAGGAGAACUUUCUGAGCUUCUCCGAGAGCUUGUCGGAGGCCUCCGAGUACCAGACAGACCAGGUGUAGGCUGUCCUCUGGCAAGGGGGGGAGGGGGGCAGGUGUGGGCUCAGGGGGUAAACAUGACCUCAUUUACACUUUGGGAUGAGUUUGUUUUCAUGUGCAAUCAUGGGGGCAUUGCCAAAGGGCUCGGAGGGCCCCGGGGGAGCAGCUGUGGGCUGGGAGAGCAGCGGCUCCCUCCUCAGCCAGAGCUGCCCAGGCUCCAUCACACGGCUCAGCAGCCAGCCCUGGAGGGGCUCUGCUGGGACAGGCUGCCCUGCAGAGGAGGAGGUGAAGGAAAAGGGCUUCUCCAGGCACCAAGAGCCUUCAGGAGUGGCUGGUUCCUAGGGCACCAGACUGCAUCUUUCACGUGUUUCUUGUGUUGCUUGGCUGCCAGCUGGUGGAAGAUGGUAGGGAGAGAGACAGCGAGUGGCUGUUCCUCCUGCACUUGGAAGCAGGCAGUGGAAGACCCCAACUGGAUGGUCUCUGUGUUGGGCAGGCAGGCAGGCAUCUCCUCCAGCCUAGAAAGCAGCAAGGUGGCCAAGGCAGGUCUGGGAGAAACUGCUGUGAUGAGGGCAUGUGGUGGAUGCUGCCUUGUGGCUGCCAGGCCAGAGGAGCUGGGACAGUGGGGUCCUGUGCU